AUGAAACCAGACGAAUCAGUGAGAGUUCAUCAUCACAGUUCAUCGGCGCUGACCACCGGUGUUCAGCACAGUUCGUUGUUGGUGGAGGCAAAUAAACCGCCCACAAGUAAACUGCCCACAAGUAAACCGCCCACAAGUAAACCGCUCACAAGUAAACUGCCCACAAGUAAACUGCCCACACGUAAACUGCCCACAUCUAAACUGCCCACAAGUAAACUGUCCACAAGUAAACUGCCCACAAGUAAACCACCCGCAAGUAAACUGCCCACAAGAAAACCGCCCACAAGUAAACCGCUGACAAGUAAACUGCCCACAAGUAAACUGCCCACAAGUAAACUGCCCAGAAGUAAACCACCCACAAGUAAACCACCCACAAGUAAACCGCCCACAAGUAAACCACCCACAAGUAAACUGCCCACAGGUAAACUGCCCACAAGUAAACUGCCCACACGUAAACUGCCCACAAGUAAACCGCCCACAAGUAAACCACCUAAAAGUAAACUGCCCACAAGUAAACUCCCCACAAGUAAACCGCCCACAAGUAAACCACCCAUAAGUAAACUGCCCACAAGUAAACUGCCCACAAGUAAACUGCCCACAAGUAAACCACCCACAAGUAAACUGCCCACAAGUAAACCGCCCACAAGUAAACCACCUAAAAGUAAACCGCCCACAAGUAAACCGCCCACAAGUGAACCAUCCACAAACAAACUGCCCACAAGUAAGCCAACUACGAGUAUAGGGACUACCACAGCCUGGGAGGCAACGUGGCAAUAA